GCAGGAACGCUUUGGGUUUUCCUGCCUCUGAGCCGCAGUUUAAACUCCAGCCAUGAAUCGGAGAUUAAAAGCGACAAGGAACCUCACACGAGUCAGAGAUGGGGACAGACUGAGAGCAAUACGCGCUCCAUCCCGCGGGCCGCGUCCGGAAGAAGUUCCGGUUCUGGAUCUGGACAGACUGAGGGACAGAGAAGAUGAGGAUGCUGGUGUUAUUCCGGUGGCGGGAAAAGCGUCCGCCGUGCUGUCGGCCCUGAGCUGGGGUUCAGCUUCCCCCUCGAACACACUGCAGGAAUGGGAUGUUGGGACAGCGGCCACGCAGGAAGGACGUGUCUCAGUGUUGGCAUCUCCUCAGUACAGCUACAGAGACCUGACCAUCAGAUCACCCAGCAAUCACAAAGCAAACAUGGAACCACGUCAUGAGCUCCAUCAGACACAAACUGACACGAGCCACGCCCGACCGAGGAAGUCGGAAGCCGAGGGUGUGACGAUGGAGAGGAGACGGCAGGCUGUGAUGGAGCAGGUGAUGGUGGACCAGCUCUCCAGAGCCGUCAUCAGCGACCCGGAACAGAACUCCGCAAACUCAGAGAACAUUUCGGCUCGUCACAAGAGAACUUUACACCACACCAUGGUGAAAACUCCGAAAUCUUUAACAGAGAACCUCCUCUCCUACAAACUCUGCUUUUAUGCCAGAAUUUUAUCACGAUGUGGGCGUGAGGCCUGUCGAGAGCUGAUUGGCUUCUACUUCACAUGUGAUCAGACACUAACGGUGUACGAGUAUCGCAGUUUUGGGAAGAACAGGUGUAACGCACUGCCAUUUAUUGUGCGUGGGGUUUAUAGGACUCGGGGAAGACCAUACUGUCUCUCUGACAUCUCACAGGGUGCAAAUCUGCGCUUCAGUACAGACGGACCCCACGUCCCCGAGAACCUGAGACAGCGGCCAUAUCUGACUCUCAGAGUUACUGAUGUGGACGAAGAGGCCAAGAGUUUACUACUAGUCCAGUUUGGAGAAACUGAACCUCAUCUUUCUGCCGAGGAAACGAGUGAUCGGAAAACUCUAACGGCAGUUCAAGCGUCUGUACGUGAGAGGUUGAAGGGUCGCGCUGUCCGAGCCCUGGUUGGUUUAGGGAGGAGGCUGCAGAGUUUAGAUGUGAAGCAGAACGGCAUUGUGGGUAAAGAACAGCUCAGAGAGUGUCUGAUGGAGGAGCUGAGUCUCAGCGGACAGGAGGUGGAGGCGGUGUGGAGGGUUGUGGGCCUCCAGAGAGAGCGCAUGGUGGACUACGCUGAGGCGAUGUGUGCUGUGACCGGAGACAUGAACGAGAGCAGAAAAGCUGUGUUUAUAAAGGUUUAUAAUAAACUCGACCCAAAUAAAACGGGUUCCGUUUCUCUGACUGACAUUGAGAAAUUUUACUGUGUUAAUCAUCAGCUGCAGCGCCCUGAGCACGGAGCAGAAUUAGACUUCCUCACGUGUGUACGGGACGCAGGAAGGGUCACUAAACACGUGUCUUAUGCAGAGUUUCAGGACUAUUACGAGGGACUGAGCAUCGAAAUCCCCAAUGACCAGGUUUACAUCAACAUCCUGAGGAGCACCUGGAAUAUCUGAGAGUGUGUGUGUGUGUGUGUGUGUGUGUGUGUGUGUGUGUGAAUACUAUACUGAUUUACUGUAUAUUCAUUUAAAGUAAAAAAAAAAUAAUUCACUAAUCAUAUUCUUAUUUUUAUGUUAUUAAACCUACUGAGACAUUUGUUUUACAAAAAACCUUUUGAUCAAACGACUCUUCUGUUCCUUGAUGGAGGAAAAGAGAUCUCAAUAAACAUCAUUUAUGCUACGCUUUAUAUUUACAUAUGCAUCAAUUUUCUAAAUGAUAAAUAUAAGUAGGAAGA